AUGAUUCAAGAAGGGGAACUCCUCGUUUUAGGCCGAAAGGCCUUUGAUGAUUCUUCCCUCUCCAACGAAGUUUGCUGCCUCAACACCUGGUGGCGCGGCG